UUGAUAGUACCUAAGUAUAGUAGGAGUGGUGAUGCACGUACAUCUGAUCGGGCUGUUCGUGACCCGGAGAUGCUACUGGCGCAGGGCGUGGGUCUGGGUCGUAAAUUCGUAAACGUGAAUACAUUAUCAAAUCCAGAUUUUGGAAAACGCGAUAUCUUAGUUUGUUGGCUCAGCGCGGGGCUCGAAUUUUUUAAGUUCAGUUUAGUUUGGUACUCUUGCGCGCAUACAGUGAUACCUACAUGAUACUACGGUACUAGUUUGUAUUCAUGAGACUUCAACAUGUUGAGCAUGUGUGUGUAUGUACAAUGUUGUACAACAUAUACUUAACAUGCGUAUAAAAAAUCCAGAGAGAGAGAGAGAGAGGGAGCAGCAGACCAAGAGGAGGAGGGAAGAGUAGUCAGUUGUAAUAACAUUGAGUAACGUGUGAGACCAUAUGUACAAGAAGAGAAUCAAAAGUGGCUUCAUUAUUUCUAUUGUUGCUCCGAAAUAUCCGUAAUAUAUAAGAUAACAACAACAACAACAACAACAAGAACAACAACAACAACACGUAGAGCAGAGCAUCAUAUAACGAUGAGUAUAAGUGCGAGUGCGUGGUGUGUCAUGGAGGAGGAGGAGGAGGAGGAAGCGCGCGCGCGCUGAUGCGGAGUAUAGCAGUAGACGCUGUAGUGUAAUGUACUGCGUGUAUAUCUAUACAUGUACACGUAUCUAGCAGCGAUCCUGAUAACAACAACAACAACAUCUGCUGUUCGUCGACUAUUACAACAACAACAACAACAACAGCCAUAACAUCGGGAGAAAGUGGAUCUGCAGUUGAAGACGAGGAGUAGCCUCAAGGUGGAGGACGACGCGAGCGACUGUUCUGCUCUCCCGUGCAGCCGUGGCACACAAGAACAGCGUCGUCGUCGUCGCCGUCGUUGUUAUUACCGUCGUCGCCGUCGUCGUCGGCUGCGCCAGUCGGUCCCAGCCUGCAACGCCAAGGCUGCAGCCUCUUCUUUUUUUUUAUUGUUGUGUUUUUUGAUAUAAGUAACAUACAAGCACCAUAAGUGAAAUUAUCGGAGCAAGGGUGAGAGAGAAAAUUAAUUUUGCUUCCUGCUGCAGCAGCCGGCGGUGUAAUAUAACCCUCUCCCCCGUUGCAUUGGUGCUCACAACGUGUUUACUUUCAAGUGAUUGGUAUACACCAUAAACUUGUUGAAAAAAAAAAAAAUAAAUAAGCAGGUAUCGUAUCGCGGCAUCAGCAAGACAGCUCAUUGAUGAUCACGCAGCAAAGUUGUUUCUGUUGCUGUUGUCGAUGUAUUAUAAUGUUGAUGUGGCGUUGAGGUGCUUAUCAUCAUCGUGCUUAGGCUUUUUAACAUGGUGACUUGGUGAGAGAGGUGCUGGGCCAAGUUUUACCGGAGGUUGUGAUAUAGUGGCAGUUGUGUACGUAUACAUAAGGAGUAUAACCAUGGCUAGCCCACGAAAAUUUAGUGAAAAAAUAGCCCUUCUCAACCAGAAGGCGGCCGAGGAGGCGGCCCGCUUCGAGCAAAUCAUGAAGGAGGUCUCUGAUGUUACCAACAGGGCGGUCUCGGCGAGCAGCUCGGUGAACGUGUCACCCACGGGCACGGCGGGCCGGCCGCUGUCGGUGAAAAGCGCGGGCGCCAGUCCACCCCAGUCGAGCGGCAAGCUGCUGCACAUAAGCCUGGGCAAUCAGUUUCGCGCCGGCGGCUCGUUACCGAACGUCAACGCCACGAACAACGCCAACCCCGGCGCUGGACAGGAGGCUCUGGUCGUUCCCAUCGCGACACCGGCUGCCCUACACCCGAUCGACCUUCAGACGGCGCUGAGUAACUUGGAAGAAGUAACCCAGAGCCAAGGUGGCGGCUACCGGCAAACAAACGCCGGUAACCCCGGUAGCGGAGGUGGUGGUGGUGCCCAGGAGCGCAGUCGGAGCAUGGGAGGUGGUCCGAUGCGCUCGCGCCCCGUUGAGAAGCGCCACGACACGUCACCCUACAGCGGCACGCCGUACUUGUCACCGCCGCUUCUUGACAACAGGCGAUCUAACUCGGACUCGGCGCUCCACCAAAGCGCCAACGAGGCCUGCCAAACCAACUCCUCCAUGGGCCACCAUCGUCGAGGUAGCGAUGCCUAUCAACAAAGGCACGGAGGCUCGAGCAAUGACAACCGAGACUCGCACUAUCACUACGGUUGCCCGGAACGGCCGAGAUCGUCGUGUGAAAUGCCUCGAGUGCCCGGUAUAAACGUGUAUCUGAGUUCGCAGCCACCGGGGCAGCAGAUACCAAUAGGCAACAACACGGGCUCGUUGCCGGACUUGACCAACGUCCACUUUCCAUCGCCGAUUCACGCGCCGCUCGACCAGGAGGACCACUCGAGCGGCUCCCAGUAUAGCAACACCCAUUUAUCGGUGCCUGUUAACCAUAGGUAUCUGCAUUCCUGCAAGGGCUUGACGCUGGACGGUAACACAAGCGCGUCCCAACAGGAUCUAAGGAUAGGUUACGCCCAGCAGCCCCAGCCACCCGCCGGGCCGCCAAACAUACCACCCCAAAGUCAACCCCAGCCGGUGCCCCGGACCACGUCGCCUGGGCUCCAACAGCAGGUCGCCCACAGUCCCGGUCAGUACAUGUACCAGCAGCCCCACAGUCCCGUCGCCCCUCAGAGUCCGAACGCGUCGCAGGGACAACAGGUGCACCAGCAGCAGAGCACGCUGAGCCAGUUCAACUCCCUAAACUACAGAUCGCCACAGAUGGUCAACAGACCGUCGCCACAGUCCUCGCCUAGUCUUACUUAUCAGGGAAGUCCAUUUAGUUAUAGUAAUAAUCCGUCGACGCCGUCGAGUCCCACGGGACACCAUGGCCCGCCAAACUUGUCGCUCGAUCCGCAGGACCACACUAACUUUAUCAACCAGGUCCACGCGGACUUUGAGCAGUUCACCGUGGCCCAAAUCGAUUGGGCGCAAGUGAUGCCACUGCUCGAAGAUACCGGUUAUUCCUUGAGUAGACAGCUGGACGAGAACGAUUCGCCGACGACGAUGUACAUGAAUUCGCCAAGCCACACGUGCUCGUACACUCAGAGCAACGUGUUGAAUGUCGCGAGUGAUUUUGGCAGCAGUGAUGCCAAUUACUUUGGUACGAGUUCGUUGCAGCAGUUGGGUUAUCAGGCAAGAACGCCGACAACGACGCAACAACUGACGCCCCAGACACCCAACACGCCGACCAUAACGCUAACGGAUUGCUCGGUGCCGGAAGAACUCGUGAAUUCGGACUUCGCUAAGGAUUUCAAUUCGGCGAUAACGACGAACUUUGAGGCGGAUGAUCUCUUUGCUGCGGACGACCCUCUGGCUCACGAACUGAAUUUUCAUCAGGAAGCGAUAAGGCAGGGUCUCGGUCCGCUCGAUCUAGACGAACUUCAAAGGCUCACCAACGCGGACAUGAUUAUCUCCGACCCGACCACCGAAGCCAACUUCAGUUUAGAGCAGCAUUAGAGGGAAGGACACUGGUGUACUCGAUUUCUGACGUUUCUUUGUUUGUUUCUUAAUCAUGUUAAAACUAGUAAGUGUUGAGCCCCUUUGGAGGAUUCCUGUUUGGUGAAACGGACAAUUGCUCGUGCAUAUAGAUUGAAAAAAAACAAAAGUAAGAGAUUUACAAACAAUUUUAUUAAUCAACUUUUUUUUACUUUCUACCACUUUGUACAUUUUAUCGUGUAAUAAAAAAAAAACAAGAAAAGAAAAAUGGUAUGACUAGUUAUCAAUGAAGUGACUGUACGGUGUUUAGUGGAGUCAUUUAAAAUGAUUUUAACAAAAAGUAAUGGUGUGAUGAUUACGGUUAUGAAAAUGAAUAAAUCAAUAAUAUACGAUGAUGAUCUCUGAGAAGCACAAAAUGAAUCGUUAAUGAUUCGUACGUUAUACAUAUUAACGUUAAUAAUAAUGAAGGUAUUUAGAGAAAUUUUAGCUGUAUAAAAAAAAUUAACAUACUGAAUUUUUUAUUGGGUAAAGAUUUUGAAUGAAUUAUAUUAUUCUGAGUGAUGACGAGCCAUUUUUUACUUACUCAUUUGUUUUUCCAGAUAAUACGAUUCGCCGAAUGCAACCUGUUAUAUAUUAUAUUAUGUGUAUAUUGUAUUUAAAUGUUUUAAUUGAUCAAUCUUAUUUUUAUCCUCUUGAUAGUACGUAUAUUUUUUUAGAAUAAUUUCAAUGAGCACAUUAUACGAGAAAAAAAGACUCGAGUGCAAAAAACGCGUGAAUGAGAAAAAUUUUUUUGAAUAAAUUCUCCACUCACUGUUUAUUGCUUGUAAUGUUGGAUUAUGCAAUUGUUGUAUCAGCUGUAACUUAUUUUUCAAUCUAAGAGACAGCCAAUGUUACCGAUGCCCACGAUUCUCUAUUUUAUUUGAUAUUUGAUUUAUUUUAACUAUAAAUUUAGGUAUAAUGUCAAGCUUAAAUUCAUCAUUGAAAUAAUCAGUUAUUAAAUAUGCCGUUAGGAUUGGUAACAACACUUUAAGAAAUGGCACUAUGGCGUCCUCUUUAAUCUAAUCUUUAGCAACCUGCAAGAUUAUAAACAUAUUUGAAAUUAAUUAGAAGAUGCAACUUUGCAUGCGAAAAUCUCGAUCCUUCUACCGAUGGAUGCUCGAUGUAAUUUUAACUAAAAACUAAAUACGCUUUAGAUACAAAAAUUUUUUACAUUACUACUAACUUUAAUUGCGAAUCUCAAUGUCGAAACACAGCGUCAUAAAUUCCUCGUUGGAUAAUAAAUUUUAAAACAGAUCGUCGCUAAUUAUGUAUAGCAAUAGUGUAUACAUAACUAGGCAAUAUUUCACACCCCCAUUAUCUUGAUGAAAUAAGAAAAAAUGGCGGUUUCCCUUCUCUUUCUCUACCUUACAAGCCUUUCCUCUAUUUCUCGUACGCCUGUACUUUCGUCGACGUAUUUUUACGGAAUGCACAUACACGCACACUCUGGCAACAAAAAAAUAACGCAAAUUCUUAGCAGAAAAAUUAAAGAAGUAACUAAAUAAUAAUAAAAAAAAAAAAUUAAUAAAGCUGAAAAUCUAUACAAGAGCAGCAGCAGAUUGCACUAUUCGCAUGGCCUCUAUGGUUGUCAAUUGUUUUUUGAAAGUAUCGACCUUAACAGAGAGAAAAAUAAAAGAUAGAUAGAUAGAUCUGUUGCACGCACUAAACACGGAUUAACGUCGCGUCGUUUUAUACGAAACAUGUUCUGCAGAAUGAUACAAUCAUUUGUACGCUGUUGACAGGCAAAUGUAAUUCUUUCACAUCGUCAUUGUUUCUACGCAAUUGUCGGUUUUUAAAUCACGAUGUAAAUACACGUUAACUAUAUUGAAAUUUGUUACAAAUAUUAAAAAUAUUUAAAAACAAAAAGGGCGAAGAAAAAAAAAUAUUGCAUGUAUUGAAGAAAAAAAAUAUCGCCAUUCGUGAUUAUAAUGUUUUGUCUAUUUGUCAAAGUCUAUUAUCAGAAUUUUUAUGCGUCAACAUUAAAGUGCCAAUGGCUGGGAAAAAAAUUUUCCGUCACGCGGGUCACUAAAGAAACAUAUGUAAAAUAGAUGUGAAGCAGGGAGGUAUUUUAAUAUUGUUUUCGUUGUUCGCGUUCACCUCUGCCAUUACUACUUAAAGUCUCUUUUGCGAAAUUACAUGUGUAUUUGUAAUGAUUGGUAUGUAUUCGUAUUUUACACGCUGUUCGACCCAUCAUGUUUAUGAAAAAUUUCAGUUGAGCACGACGGUCGUCGCAAAAAAUAAAAAAAUGAAAUAUGAAUCAUACUUACACUCGAGAUAAGAAUUUUUAAAUUUUAAAGGACCAAAUCUACGGACAUUUGCUUUUUGCAAAAAAAAGUUUAGCUUAUAAAGGAAACAAAGUACACUAAGAAUCAUGGAAAUCGAAUCGAUACCGCAUAACUGCGAC